UUCUUUAUUUAUUUAUAACCUAAAAGUAUAUAUAAGUCCACCAAGAUCCUUGUAAUCGCCCAAUACAGUCCAGAGAAGGUCAGCAAAAUGUCGGAAAAUCCUAGCGACUUUUUCGCGGUCCACGAGAAAAUUUGCAAGUUCUUCUUGUUGAUUCCACCGAAAAAUCCGGCCCUGAGAAGAGUUUUCUGGACCAUGGUUUCACCUCAUCUGUUUCUGAUUAUGUGCCCUCCAAUAAUGGAGUUCCUCCAGAUUGUGGUGGGAGGUACAGGAAAUUUCAGUUCGGAUAUGCUGAUCUUCGCUGUUUUGAUGAUGCACGGUAUGGCUGUUGGAAGGUUAAUUGGAUACUUAAUGAACAGGCGGCAUCAUGGCUACAUCUUGAGAUCAUUUCGAAGAAGCACUUUUCAUUUUGAGUUGUUCAAGUAUUCCAAUUUGAUGUUUUUGAGACAAAAGAACAAAGAACUACCCAACAAAAGACCACACAUCAUAGAUACCUACAAAACAAAUGUGAUGCGGUUGGCUGAUGCGUUUUGCUUCAGAUGGUUGUGUAUCUUAAUUAUAUCGGUCUUUUCCUGCCUAUUUGUGACGUAUGUGGUAAACUCCCAAACUGCGACCUACGAAAAAUUCAACCCUAAACUGAACAGGACUUCUGUGUACAGAGAUUACGCAUAUGCCCUUUGGUAUCCCUUUGACACUUCUGUAUCUGACGGGUUCUAUUAUAUUGGAUUCUUCUAUCAACCUUAUGCGUUCUUCAUGCUAAUGUCUAGUUAUAUGUGUAUUUUUAUGUUUAACCUGGGCUGCGUAAUUUAUUUAAAAUCACAUGCCAACGUUGUUGGAUACUCUUUCAAAUUUAUUGACCAAAAUAUCGAUGAGAUGAUGAGCUAUAACGAAGUAAUGUCUCUUAAAGAAAUUCGAAUUGUUAAAUGCAUCAAUGAGCUUCAGGAAAUUUAUAAGUGUGCUUCUUUAAUCAACAACAUCUUGGCUAAUCAGAUGUUACUGCAAAUAUUUUUUGUUGGCUUGAUAACUUGUAUUGUUAUAUAUAGGGUGGAGUCAGUGAAAACCAUAGGUGAAAUUGUCUAUCUCACAAUUAUGACAGUUGUUUUUAUACUAUUGGGUUUCUUUAUGUGCUGGUACAACCAAGAGUUUACUUUAGAGAUAAUGAAUAUUUCCAAAAGCGUUCAUGAACUGGAAUGGAAUACUUAUUCGGCCAGACUGCUUAAAACAUUAAUAUUUUUAAUGGCCCGUCUACAAAAACCAUUUUAUUUCACAUUGGGGCAAUGGACACCUAUCGAUAUAGGAGCUUUUUUGGUGACUAUCAAAAUGUCAUACUCUUUCUACACCUUGAUCAGGACAAGAGGCUAUAAAAGGCAAAAUAUUAAUUGAAAUCUAAAAAGUAAAAACAUUUAGUUCCUAGAGAUCUAAUGCACUUUAAAUAAUAUACGUAGGAAUACUCAACUAUUUUAUAUUCAACUACCGAUGUUAUUUUAUU